AUGUCCACCCGAGAAACCGCAAAAAAGGCGGUGGAAGAAAUCGCUGCGAAGCUUGGACAUGUUGAUUCGGCGAUCUUGGAUCGCAUUGGGGAUCUGCUUCCUGAAGAGCGACGCAUAAUUGAACAGAGUCUGCGUGCGAAAGACGAGAAGAUAGGCCAUUCUAUCAAGACACUCGCAAGAAACCUCUACAAUAGCAAUGCUCGGUUUGUCUUCGAGCUUCUGCAAAAUGCAGACGAUAAUCGCUUUACGCUCGCACGGGAACACAACGAAUUACCCUUUAUUUCGUUUCACGUCUAUCCCGAUCGUAUCAUUGUUGAGUGCAAUGAGGAUGGAUUCAGGACUGAAGAUCUGUCAGCCAUUUGUUCUGUUGGGGAGAGCACCAAAGCCGCAUCUCACGGCUACAUUGGGGCAAAGGGCAUCGGAUUCAAGUCCGUUUUCAUCGCGGCUUGGAAGGUUCAUAUCCAGUCCGGCAAUUUCUGCUUUCAUUUUAAGCAUAGAAUAGGUGAUCUUGGUCUUGGAAUGGUUCUACCAGUGUGGGAGGACCCUGACUAUGAAUGCCCUGAUCGCUUAACCCGAAUGACUCUUUAUCUUCACACGGAAGGAGAGGCGCACGCGCUCGAGCACCUCCGCCAAACCAUCUUCCAGCAACUCGAUGAUCUUCAACAAACUUCUUUACUUUUUUUGCGGAACCUGAAGCAGAUAGGAAUCUUCUUUUAUGAUGACAAUGGUGAUAGGAGUCGAUCUAAGACUUUUCGUGUUCGUGAUGAGCCUGGCCACAGUGUCUUCCUCGAGGCUACUGUCGUGGGUGGAGAUCAGAAUUUUACCACGGUUGAGCAACGCUACCAUGUCACCAGGCACACUGCCACCGGGCUUCCGACGAGCGACAGUCGCAACGCCCUGGGAGCACAGGAAACCGAUACGACAUUUUCGGAGGCAGAGGUUGUCUUGGCGUUCCCUCUCACGGUGAAUUCAAGACCUUUGCUUGAGAAACAGGAGAUAUUUGCCUUUUUGCCAGUCCGCGAGUCGAGGUUCAAAUUCCUGAUACAAUCCGACUUUGACACUAGCGCAAAUCGGCAAGAUAUUUCUACGACUUCGAGAAGAAAUCUUUGCUUAUUGCCCCAUAUUGCCUCGACAUUUGUGAAGGCAGUGUUGGAAUUUUGCGAAGACCCAGAAAUGUGCUACGCAUGGCCAAGCUUCCUUCCUUCGUUAGAAGAUGACAUGGGUAGCUUUUGGUCUCCUCUGGUUCGAUCCAUCAGGGAUUUGAUUGCCAUUACCCCGGUUUGGAGGUCGAGACACAACAACGACCUUCGUGUGAAAAACUCCAUUGUGAUUCUUCCAGACGACUUUAUGGAUAGCGAUGGGAAUCCAUUGCUGGAUGACACAAGUUUGGAUCCGUUCCUAUCCGCCGCCUACCCGGCCGCGCUAGAAGAGACUCUCGAAGAGUACGGACUUAGGGUGGGGACUUUUGACCUAGUUCUCAGAAUGCUGAGAAGUGAUCUUGAAAGUUCUACCUCUAGAGUCAAGUCUCAUAUUACCAGCGCAGACUUCCACUCCCGCAUUUCACGACUUCUGUCGAAGAUUGAAAAUGAGGACGAGGAUGAAAUGAGUAUUCUCAAUGAGCUUGCUAUUCUUCCUCUACGAAAUGGUGAAUGGGUGUCCGCUAAUAGCGGUUCGGUAUACUUACCAAAGACUGGUGAAAUAGGCAUCCCGGCCGACGUGGAUAUUCGCCUUUUGGAUCCAGCAGCUGUUGUUAAUGAAGACCGCAGAGCUUUCUUCAUACACUUAGGAGCUGUGGAGCCAUCUGUCAGCGCAGUUCGAUCCGCAAUACUGGCGAAUUAUACCUUGUAUAGCGAUUUGUGCAUGGAAGAUUCGAAAACUCAUCUUCAUUAUCUAUAUCUGACUCACGAGCACCAUCAAAGCGAAGACAAUUUUUGCAAUAUUCAUGUUUACUGCGAUCAUGGCCUUACGAAUAAUCCACACGAGGAAGAGAUCUAUCUGCCAAGUAACCAUCCAUAUGGGCCAGAGGCCCUCCUAGGGCAGACGGAGUACUCCCAGGGCAUGGAAGUAUUGCUCAUGCAUUCAACGUAUCUUGAGAACAUUCCAACAAGGCCCCAUUCAAACCACCCAUCGUGGCGCGUAUGGCUAAAUGCUUCACUUGGAAUUCGCGAACGCCUGAGUCUUGUUUCAUCGGAUGGUGAUUCUCUUUCAGACAUCUGGGCUUAUGUCGCGGAGUUUCGCCCUGGAAAGCUUCUUGGACUGUUGGAGUAUCUCUGGAGAUCCCAAAGGUCCGGAGUAAGCCAGAUUGGUGAUCUCAUCACGGAAAUUCAAAGCACAAAUGCAACACGACUUUGCAAUAUGGAUCUGCCUGAAGACUGUCGGCUUGACGAAACAUAUCUGCCUCUAUCCAAUCUUAAGGCUCUUUGUCAACGUUUUAUGGAGGAAGCUGAACCCUUUCCGUUCCUAUAUCUCGAAGAAGGGCUUUCAGAUCAGGCGCUCUACUCCAAGUGGACUUUUCUUCACAAAGAUUUCUUAGUAGGGAAGGACGACGACAUGGAUUUCCUCCUUAAUGUGCUGUAUUGGAUCCAGAGCGCUAAUCCUAAUGAAUCUUCCCUUACCUCGUAUGAGCGACUCCGCCAGGGACACCAUCAAGUAAGUUCAAUGCUCGCGAACUCCCAAACUGGCUGCUCACCUUCUACUCGAGACUUUUUUUUUGAAGAUGGUGACUACAUUUUCGUUCCUGAACUCCGAGAGGAUGAUCCGUAUGAUGCAGCAUGGGCCGGUCUUGAGCACUGCCUGUGGGACGCACCACCAAAUAUGAUUUCGAAGUAUUCUCUCAAAAACGUCUUCGAGCAAGUUGUCGAGGAAGGUCAACUGGAACAUCUUUCAAGAUUCUUCAGGCGCACUUUGAGCAUUCCCAAUGCCUCAUGGUCAGAUCUGACAGGGGAACUGGUAGAGCGGAGCCAGAACCGCUGCGUCGACUUCGACCAAAUUUUCGACAUGUACAAGUACCUCUUUGAAAUAGAAGAUUUCCCCUUCAUGGAUGAUUUACGGCGCGAAUUCGAAGAUGAAAGCCUAAUCUUUGUGACCACAAACGGCGAACCUGGCUGGUACAAAAUCUCCGAGUGUUUGUGGUCAAGUACUACAGAUAUACGUGGGAAGGUCACCCUGAAUGACCAUUACGAGGAGUUAAAAGAUUUCUUUAUUGAUACUUUGGGAGUCAAUACGCUGACCCUUCAGAUGGUAUAUGAUGAGCUGUUGGAAACAAGCUCGGAAUCAACAAUCGAAGAGACAAAAAAUAAGAUCUGGUCUUUCAAUGCUCUCUUUCGAACAGAGGGAACUUAUGCCGAUCCGGAUCCACUGCUGGAAAUACCGUUAUUUCCCGUUGUUUACCCAGAUGGAACGAAGGGGCUCACGUCUGCUGCUACGGAGUUCGCGAUUCCUGACCGGGAACACCUAGCAUCGCAAUUCAAAGGCAUGAUCAAGAUGCUUGACUUCAGUCUGGAAGAAGUGCGUCGUCUGAAAGAGUUUUUCGAGUGGACAAAUCUCACACAUCGCUAUUUAUCUGCAUCCAUCAAGGAGUUAACUUCCUUCUCCGGCGACACAACACAACUAAUUUCAGCGCCACACCGAGACUUGAAAAGGAAGGCGCAUGCCAUUCUCCGAGUCGCGGCCACGUUCAAUAGCCCGAGGUAUCAUGCGAACCCAUCGGGACUUUACCAGUUACUUCGGACGGCCAGGAUUGAAGCCACGGAUGGAGUUUCCUCGAUUCUGAGAAUCUCCCAAGAUGGCGUAGUGGCGGACGUCGAAGAAUUGAUUGCCAAAUUGCACAUUAGUGAAGAGCCAUCUGGUCUCACUGUUUAUGUGCCGAAAGACAAUAAGGCCCAAGAACUUUGCUUCUGUGACCUUUUGCCUAAGCAACUGAUUGACUGGCUCAUGCGUGAUCCGGCCACACAAAUUCCUGACAACAUCGAAAGUGAUGCAGUAGCUGUAAUAACCAUGAUCUUGAGUAUCGAUCCUUCCGCUACCGACCUUAUUUUGGAACGCCAGGGUAUUAUCGAGAUUGACGUACCGAACGAAGACCCUGGCAUUGUUGAUCAUAGGAUUGAUGAUUACAUACAAUCCCAACGAUCACAAAGUCAGGAUCAGUCCGCCGGUGAGGAUCCACUAGACUCACCUGAUAUUCUCACUCCGUCUACCCGUCAGAAUCGCCGACUAUCGAGCGAUUCCUUAGAGCAUGUGAUUUCUCGACAAACCCAGAUGGCCUACCACUCACCCAACCCCAAUCGCAACCUUCCACCACUGGUGUACUCGCCACGUGGCCAUACGUUGGAGGACACUAUGCAGUACCGUGCGCUGCUCAAUAGGGUGAUAUUGGCGGCGGGGAGAGCCACAUUUCCAUCGAGGAGACCAUUCAACAUGAGCGAGCUGAAUGAAUCAUUACCGGGAGAAGAAAUCCACCAUCGGUUCGAUCACUUCGAUGGUAUUGACAUAAGAAACGCGUUUCGCUCAAACAGCCAGCUUGAAAGAGACAAGAAGAUUGGCGCCGCAGGAGAGCUAUAUGUCUUUGAAUUACUUACACAGCUGGACCCACCUCUAACGGACUGGAGUGAUCUGAAUUGGCAGAGUAAAAUUCGUCGAUAUGUCACGAUCCACCCGGACUACGCCAAUAUGGAGGCUUGGUAUGGGAGGGAGACUGCAGACAUGACAUAUGAUGAUACCGAGGGCGAUUUCACGGCCCUACUCAUUGAUCACGGGUACCUUGACGCUGAAGAAUGGGGGGACAAGCGUCCGAAAUAUUACAUUGAAGUCAAGACGACCACAGGACCUUUGAGAACUCCUUUCUACAUGAGCAAGCAUCAAUAUGAAAGAAUGCGGGCCGUGCACAGGAGCGACCAUUCAGAGGUUUACAUGAUUUUACGCGUGUUUGAUAUACAUGGGGAUAACAUUGGAAUGAGUGUAUACCUUGACCCGGAACAGUUCAGGUUGGACGGAGGACUUGUUUUUACUGGGGAGACUUGGUCAGUCGUUCCCGGCUAG